GUUGCAAUUUGUUUUUCUACCACCUUCUAUGCACUCAACUGCCAGGCGCUCCCCUCCUCGACCAUCAUCUGCGGCUUUCGAAGCAGUGGGUCCAACUACGACGCCGACACUGGAGCUUUAAAAUUAUCAACGGGGGCUCCCGUUUAAAGCGUCGCACCAAGUUGACCAGCCAGUGCUGUGUGAUCGUUUGCUCCUUUCUCUGGAACGGCUCUCUGUUUCGGAGAAGUGCAAUUCGAGAUCAGCUCCGAGCCACUGCAGCCGCUGCAAACUCGCAAAAUCACCCAAAAUCGAAGAAAAAUGGUGCAAAAUAAAAUUACCGAAGUAACUGGAUUCCACCGGUCUUUCAAGGGCCAAAAUCCCUUUGAGUCAGAUGACUUCACUAAAAAUGGAUCCCUCCUUCUUGAUUCGACCUUUAAUUUUGAAUCUUCCCCCAGACACGACAUGCCCUCAAGUCAGCCUAUUGACAUCCCAGAUGCCAAGAAGAGAAACAAGAAGAAAAAACGUUGCCGGGCAACUGACAGUUUCUCUGGACGGUUUGAAGAUGUCUACAGGCUUCAGGAAGAGGUCUUAGGAGAGGGUGCUUAUGCCAGGGUGCAAACCUGUAUCAACCUCAUUACCAAUAAAGAAUAUGCUGUCAAGAUCAUUGAGAAGAGACCAGGUCACAGUCGCAGUCGUGUCUUCCGCGAGGUUGAGAUGCUCUACCAGUGCCAGGGCCACAGGAACAUCCUGGAGCUGGUUGAGUUCUUUGAAGAGGAAGACAAAUUCUACUUGGUGUUUGAAAAGCUGAGAGGAGGGUCCGUCCUAGCUCAUAUUCACAAAAGACGGCAUUUCAGCGAGCAGGAAGCCAGCGUUGUGGUGCAGGACAUUGCCAGCGCUCUUGAUUUUCUGCAUAACAAGGGAAUGGCACAUAGAGACCUGAAACCUGAAAAUAUCCUGUGUGAGCAUGAGGACAAGAUAUCCCCAGUCAAGAUCUGUGACUUUGAUCUGGGCAGUGGGAUCAAGCUGAAUAGUGACAGCUCACCCAUCUCCACUCCUGAGCUCCUCACUCCUUGUGGCUCUGCAGAGUACAUGGCACCUGAGGUGGUUGAAGCCUUUAGUGAGGAGGCCACCAUUUAUGACAAGCGCUGUGACCUGUGGAGCCUUGGAGUCAUUCUCUACAUCAUGCUUAGUGGCUACCCACCUUUUGUAGGCCGCUGUGGUGGUGGCUGUGGUUGGGAACUGGGAGAGCCCUGCCACACUUGCCAGAAUACUUUGUUUGAGAGUAUCCAGGAAGGGAAGUAUGAGUUUCCUGCGAAAGACUGGGCCCACAUCUCCUUAAGUGCCAAAGACCUUAUAUCCAAACUUUUGGUUCGGGAUGCCAAAAAUCGCCUGAGUGCCAGCCAAGUGCUGCAGCACCCCUGGGUGCAGGGAGGUGCUUCUGACACAUUGCCCACAUCCAUCUUGCAUCAAAGGACCAGCAGUGCCAGGGACCUGACAUUCUUUGCUGGCCAGGCUAUGGCAGUGAACCGGCAGCUGGCAAAGCAGGAUGGGAUGGAAGAGCAGCAGCAACAAGAAGCUCCACUUGUUAUCACUGCCAGCGGUUCUUCCAUGCACCUCUCCCCACCAUCAAACUCCAAGCUAGCCAGACGCAGGCAGAGAAACAGCCAGCCAAAGGGAGGGCCCGUCUCUGCUGCAGAGCUCCGUCAGCUCCUUGCUCCUCUCGUCAUUGUGGGAGAUUGUGCCUGAGCUCCCCAAACCCUGACCUCUAACCUUGUGUUCUGACUCAGAUCUAAAUACCCUCUUACCUUCCCUCCCAGAGUGUGGCCCCUCUCUCUGACUCUAGCUGGCCUUGGUUCUUCAGUCAUUCAGGCUCUCUUGCCUCACUGUAAAGGGGGCUGCUACCUGCAGCCUUCCCUCUAAAUGCCUUCUGCCUCUCUGCAGCACUUUUAAAGCACAUCAGCCCAGGGCCUGCAUAUAGCAAACAUGUGUAUAUGCACGUCCAAGUUAGAGAGAGAGGGCCAUCUCUAGAUUUGGGGUUAAAUAGGGAAGUGUUGUUGUGUUUUUUUUUUUCUCCUUUUGAGUUAUGUUUUCUUUUUGUACAACUCAAUUCAGAAAAAAAUCAAAACACUUAUUGAAACCAAGCUCAGACACCAAAGGACAACCUGUUGUGCUGCUCCCACAUGUUACAACUGGAUCCACUGUGAAUUAAGUUAUCUGGAAUGUUCUCUUUGGUUGUGUAUAUAUAAGCAUGAAUGGCCCAUCUGCAGAUACGUACAAACUUAUGCAAUAUGCCAAGAUGAAGGCUGUUCUGUCUAGAAGGGAUUCAGUGUUGGGGGCUGGAAGAGCUGUAAGCCAAUGCUGUCUGUGCCUGGUACAGUCCAUUAUGUGGCUGGGGGCGCCCCUAAAAGCUUUGAUUUUCGACUUUAUCUCAAUUUUCGGUAAAUUCGUCACAGUUGAGCCUCUUUUAUUGGUCUGCGAUGAACCCUUCUUGAUAGCCAUGCACCUAAUGGAUCCAGAGUAACCAACCAGCCCUGACUUAUUGCUGCACCAGUCAGUGCAGUUUAUCAUGUAAAUCUAUGCCAAAUUACCAGUGGUCACAUUUUCAGUAUUUAUAUAUUGGAAAAUCAGGCAAUUCUUAUGGCAUUUCUUUGGUGCGUAUUGGGUUACAAUUGAACUCUUCCUGGAUUGUGAUGCAUGGCAAUAACAAAACGAAGGUUCUCUGUACCAGGCUUAAUCUAUGACUGCUUUGUUUCUUGGUACAGGUAAAUGAUAAAGGCUGGGAAAGUGAAAUUGGGUUUGUGUUAGUUACAUUCUUCAGUAAUUUGUGAUUUGUCAGAACUUUAUCAUGUCAGAACAGUUUUUUUCUUCUCUCAUCCAGACCAUUAGUCAUUAUGUCAUUAGGUGUGAGCUUAAUUGUUUCGGCCUUGAAAGUUAUAACCCCCACUAUUCAGCAGGGGUCAGAAAAGCACAUUUUGCAACCCAGGUGUCACUUGUUUAUUGAAUAUGGUUAAUCAGACCACCACCCUUUUUGAAGGGGUAACCAACGCUGUAUUCAUUCACAUGAUACACCCACUCAGAACUUAUUCUUUUUUUUUUUGUCAUGGUCUGACAAUUCCUGGUGCAAAUUAUUAGAUAAGCAAACAAACUUUGGGAAUAAAUAAAAUAAAUAAACAUU